AGCACCGCGGCUUAAAUGAGCUUCGUUCGGGAGGAGCGCUCCUUAGUUCUGACGCGGACUGAGCCCGGGGAGCGUCUCUCCGCCUGCUCCUGCUCCUGCUCCUGCUCCUUCCCUUUGUCUCCGUUAUCCACGUAAGCCCUGCGCGUCUUUUUGGCCAGCAGCCUUUCCAGCGCGCAUCAGCCCGCAGCCUCCUCCUCUCAAUGCCAUCUCCAGUGCGCUCCGUCCGAAAGCGGCUCGGACUUUGAGGGCCAGCAGGUUCACCAUCACAGCCAGGCACGGAGCGGGAUUCCCAGCUGAGGAGCAGCUCCGUACUUCCAGCUGCCAGUUGCAGCGCGCUUCUGUGGGAUGGAUUUACUGCCGCUGUUGCUGGAAAGUUGGAUUUCGUGAAUCCCUCCGUGGAUCGGUUUAUAAUGCACAGAUCGGGAGAAGGUUUUUAGAGAGGCGCUUUGGAAUUCCGACGCGAGAAGAAAUGAGCAGAGCGUGGAUACUCUUCUUGCUAAUAGAAGAGGCCUUUGCACUGGCGCAGAGAACUAAAGAUUCACCGGGCGACCCUGGCGGCCAGGGCUCCAACCAAAACGACUGCGGCACGUGGGUCCGCAACAUCAAUGGCGGCGUGUUCAUGUCACCCAACUACCCCAGCAACUACCCUGCCAACAAGGAGUGUGUUUACAUUCUGGAAGCUCUCCCCAGACAAAGGAUCCAGCUGGCUUUCGACAAGAACUACUACAUCGAGCUGUCGUUCCAAUGCCAGUUUGAUCACAUCGAGAUACGCGACGGGCCGUUCGGCUUCUCUCCGCUCAUCGAUCGCUUCUGCGGGGGACAGAACCCGGGCCUGGUCACCUCCACCGGGCGCUUCAUGUGGGUCAAGUUCACCAGCGACGAGGAGCUGGAGGGCCUCGGCUUCCGCAUUAAGUACACCUUCAUCGCAGACCCUGAUUUCCAUCUGCACGUGGGCGGACUGCUGAACCCCAUCCCAGACUGCCAGUUUGAGAUCGGAGGAUGGGAUGGGAUUAUUCGCUCCAGUCAGGUGGAGGAGGAAGAGCGAGUCAAGCCUGGUGAUGCUGUGGACUGUAUCUGGACCAUCAGGGCUCCGCCUCAAUCUAAGAUUUACCUCCGCUUCAUGGAUUACCAGAUGGAGCACUCAAACGAGUGCAAGAAGAACUUCGUGGCUGUGUACGAUGGCAGCAGCGCCAUUGAGAACCUCAAGGCCAAGUUCUGCAGCACUGUGGCCAACGACCUGAUGCUGGACAACGGCGUGGGAAUCAUACGCAUGUGGGCCGACGAGAAAAGCAGACUGAGCCGCUUCCGCAUGCUGUUCACCUCUUACAUUGACCCUCCCUGCACGGCCAAUACGUUCUUCUGCCACAGCAACAUGUGUAUUAACAACACCCUGGUGUGCAAUGGGAUUCAGAACUGUGUCUACCCGUGGGAUGAAAAUCACUGCAAAGAGAAGCGUUCCAAGGGGCUUUUCCAUCAGAUCACUAAGACCCACGGGACUCUUAUCGGAGUUUCCUCAGGCAUAGUUCUUGUUCUUCUUAUUAUCUCCAUUUUGGUCCAAAUGAAGCAGCCCAGGAAAAAGGUUGUGGUCCGGCGCCCUGGUGUCUUCAACAAGGCCGGCUUCCAGGAGGUCUUCGACCCGCCCCACUACGAGCUCUUCUCUCUCCGCGACAAGGAGAUGUCCUCAGACUUGGGGGACCUGUCCGAGGAGAUGGACAGCUUCCAUAAGGUGCGUCGCUCCUCCACCAUGUCCCGCUGCGUCCACGAGCACCACUGCGGCUCCCAGGGCUCGGUGGUCGCUGGCGGCGGCAGCAUGAAGCACAGCAGAACUACCCUGAGCUCCAUGGAACUGUCCUACCACAACGACUUCUCCAAGCCCCCUCCGAUGAAGACGUUCAACUCCACCUCCACCUACAAGAAGAGCUGCUACGGCUACAAGCAGCACGCACAGACUCAUGACUGCGACCAGCAGGUCAUCGAGGACCGCGUCACAGAGGAGAUUCCGUGCGAGAUCUAUGGCCGUGGCGCCGUGGGACUGGGAGGAGGAGCGACUGGCGGCGGAGCGAUGGGAGGAGGCGGCGCGUCGGGAAUCGCCGGAGGAGGAAUCGGAGGAGCCGUGGGGAUUACAGGAGGAGUGUCCAUGGCCGGCGGGAUGGGCAUGGUAGGCGGAGUGAGUAUGGCGGGGCCCAGCGGCAUAGCCGGAGGCAUCGGCGCAGGGAUGGCAGGCGCCUGCGGAACCCUCAGCGUUCGAGGCAACAGCGCUCGCAACAGCGCCACCAUAGUUGACCCGCAGCAGCGCUCCAUAUCCAUGGACUUCUAGAUGCAGGAAGGGAAACAGGAAAACCACACCUUCCCUUUUCCUUCUGGAAGAAGGAGAAAACAGAAGGACAAAAGUCCCGCAUAGACAGACCACCCCCGCCUCCCACACCUCUCUUCAAGAGACUUUUUUGUUUAUUAGGGUCAACACUCAAAGGCCUGUUUCAAACUCACACGGAGCUUUGGCAAGAAUGGACGAUUUAACCCUGAGUAACGUUAAAGCGACAAAAUGGACCAAACAACUCAUCUUUUCGAUACUUCAGAGGGACUUCGAGUGAAGGCAGCAUAAAUACACGAAGUCUCUUCACUCCUACACUCAUUUAAUCUCUGCUUCCAUCUGAGACUUCUUGGAGGACGUCCCGGCAUGCAGAGCCCGACUUUCUCUCCGUUUGGCUAGACGGUGACUCUGGGGAGAGAUGGGACUGGACUGAGACAUGCUACAGGGCAGACCGUUCCAUUUAUUCACCUGCCAGGCACAAAUAUAUGAUAUAUGAUCUAUAGUGCAUCUUCGAAAUAAUUUAUAUCCUUUUAAUUUGUCUUUUUGCUCAGUGUACUGUACUGUUAAAACCCAACUAUAUCCAGCCUCAUGGUGAUGCUUGGCUUUUCACUCUUUCGUUUGUUCAAAUUGUUGCUUGAGUGAGUUUUUUUUUUCUUCUUCUUCUUUUUUUUUUUAGAAGUGGAUUAUCAGUGGAGCGAAAGUGAUUGAUUGAUGAGAUAUAAGGAUUACGACAUUAUAUCAAUAUAAUAUCAAUAUAAUGAUGAUGUAGUUUCCAUGGUUACCUCACACAAACAGGGAGGAUACGCGUCACUCUCUCCUCAGGACGAGCACAUGAAGAGACUGUCCCGUCCGGGUAAGAAAAAUAGGUGAAGCCCUGUUAGCUUAGUGAUGUGCGAUGCUUUAGAUCAUGAAUGAUUGUAUAUGGAAUAUAAAGUUCUUAUCGGUGAGACGCUACGUGUCACAACAGCAACAACUCCCCCCGACCCUGCAUCUUUUAAUGGGAGAACAUGUCUAUUUUUUCUCUCUCUCUUUCUCCACAACCCGGGUGUGUAAAACAAGCACAAGCCUUCUCCCUGAGUGACAGACGUAGCCCGUGUUAGACUCAUGUAUGAUUUUAACCACUGGUUGUAUAAUUUCAUUCUGUUGAAUUAAAUGGGAGCUUACUCACAUCCUC